GAUUACACCCACUGACAAUCCUCUUCACCGGAGAAACUCCGCUUAGUUCUCCACGCAUAAAUACUUGCUUUGCAGAGGGGGAAACGUUCUCUUGUGAGGGCUUGUUGUUGAUCGUCUUCAGUCAUGUGCGACCAGACGUUCGUGGCGGUCACUUUUGGCCCCUGCGACUGCUGCGGGAAGGCCAGUCCUCUCAUGAAUAUCUACGUCAAGUCCGAGGCCAUAAACUACUGCUCCUUCUGUGUGGAAGUGAUGGCGACUCAGGGUCUCCAGGCAGGGGAGAGCUCGGCGUCGCUGAAGAAGGAGAGCGACCGUCUGAAGAAGAAGCUCGAGGAGGAGCGCGCCAAGCUGAGCGACAUCGAGCUGAACCAGGUGGCUGAGAAGGUUGAGGUGUUGGGGCCCCUCUCCAUAAAGACCAGACGUGUCCUGAAGGGCCAUGGGAACAAGGUGCUGUGCAUGGACUGGUGUAAAGACAAACGUCGUCUAGUCAGCUCUUCACAGGAUGGCAAAGUGAUCAUCUGGGAUGCAUUUACUCUGAAUAAGGAACAUGGGGUAACCCUGCCGUGUACUUGGGUUUUGGCCUGUGCUUAUGCCCCCUCAGGGUGUGCUGUGGCAUGUGGCGGAUUGGAUAACAAGUGCUCGGUGUUCCCGCUGUCGCUUGACAAAAAUGAGAAUUUGAAUACAAAGAAGAAGUCUGUUGCCAUGCACACAAACUACGUAUCAGGGUGCACCUUCACCAGCUCCGACAUGCAGCUGCUGACCUCCAGCGGUGACGGCACAUGUGCACUGUGGGAUGUGGAGAGCGGGCAGCUGCUGCAGAGCUUCCAUGGUCACACAGCGGAUGUCUUGUCCCUGGACCUCGCCCCAUCUGAGACUGGCAACACGUUUGUCUCUGGGGGCUGUGAUAGGAAGGCCAACGUGUGGGACAUGCGCUCUGGACAGAACAUCCAGUCCUUUGAGUGCCACGAGUCCGACAUCAACUGUGUAAAGUACUACCCCAGCGGAGACGCAUUCGCUUCCGCUUCAGACGACGCCACGUGCCGUUUCUAUGACCUGCGAGCUGACCGGGAGGUGGCCGUCUACCAGAAGGACAGCAUCCUAUUCGGUGCUGCCACGGUGGACUUCUCUCUGAGUGGUCGUCUGCUUUUCGCUGGUUAUAACGACUACACCAUCCAUGUGUGGGACGUCUUGAAGGGAACGCGUGUCUCCGCCCUGUUUGGCCACGAGAACCGCGUCAGCCGAGUCCGAGUGUCCCCCGACGGCACGGCGCUCUGCUCGGCCUCCUGGGACAACACCUUACGGAUUUGGUCAUAGAGCCGAUAUGUCACAGUGAGGAGUUCCUGUCUGGCACCAACACUGCUGCAGGAGGGUGUACAUACGAAGCGUCCGUGUGACACACACACACACACACACACAGGCGGCUAACAUGAAGUCUGUCCUGAAUGAGAAUAUGUCAUUGUAUCAGAACCGUAGUGUGAGCAGUCAUGGUGGGAUUCCUAACGUUUGUCAUUGUCAGCAGGGUGACUGAUAGAAUAAAUAUGUAACUGUUUAUGCCAACAAGGAGGGAAAUAAGAGAAUUAAAACUAUGUAGAUAUACAGACAAUAUAUAAGAUUAUCUUGUAAAUGAUGAACAUUGGUUAACUGUUAGACCUUUCCUGUAUACAUAUACAUACAUUACAAUGGAAGACAAUGUAGCCACCAUUUUGUUUGGUUUUAAUAUACAUAAACGUCAAAAGCUCAGUCAAUAACUAGUAAAAUAAAAAGUAUUUUGUUGUAGCUUUCAUUUCUGUUCUGCCUUUAAUUCACUCAGCCCUGAUAACCUCACUGGAAGCCGACAUAUAUUCAUGCGUCAACCAAAAUACAAAUAGAUGAUCAGUAUGAUUGCUGAUUUUCACUGAUUGGGACACACAUGCAGCAUUAAACACUGAUGUUGCUAUUGUUUCGAUCCCAAUGACCAACUUUUGCUCUUUUGGAAGGAAGAAAUGAAACUAUACAGAGGCCUUAUCCUAUUGUUGCUAUUUUCUUAGCCCAUUCUGUAUGUGAUUUCAUAAAACAAAAUAUUCAGAUUGAUAUGCCAAGAGAAACGGGUACCGUUAAUAAAAAAACAAGAGAAUACAACUACAUGGACUCAAGGGAAACUAAAGCAACCACCAUGUUGAUUGAACUGACAGCCACAAGGGGGCGCAACACUUUAUUUUAGUUCCAACAGGAAUGCCUGGCUGCCCUCAAUAAAAACUCACAUUGUAUCAUCGUGUGAAAAUGUUUACACAGAUGUAUUUGAAUCCUCAAACUAAACAGUCAUAGCGGUUUUUGCAUGUGAAUACUUACUGCCUAUCAAUUAUAUAUAUGACAUCACAAAUAACAAUUUUCCCAAUCACACCAUAUUUAUCAGACGGUCUUUCCCCUUUGCACAUUUCGUUUUUUUCUUUUUAAACAAUUGUCAAAGGGUUAGUCAUCCUUCUCCACAUCAUCACCCGUCACAUCUCCAGAGC